AUGUCAUUUCCAAAGUCCAAGAUCUCUUUUUUCCUGUAUGGGAUCUUCUUGAGCAGCUUAUAUGCCACUGUUACACUCAGCAGGACAAAACAGAGCAUUCGCAAUGCCAGAUCAUUGGUGCACAGCAGCAGCUUCACUUUGAACAAAAGAGAAGAUGCAGAAAGAGAUGGACAGUAUCUGCUGGGAAUAAAAAGACUUAGAAGACUUUACUGUAACGUGGGCAUCGGCUUCCAUAUUCAGGUCCUACCAAAUGGAAAAAUAACAGGAGUACACAAUGAAAACAAGUACAGCCUUUUAGAAAUUUCUCCAGUGGAAAGAGGAGUUGUGACUUUAUAUGGGGUCAGAAGUGGUCUGUUCAUUGCCAUGAGUGACAAGGGGAAACUUUAUGGUUCGGGAAGCUACAGAGAUGACUGCAAGUUCAAGGAGAACCUCCUGGCCAACAACUAUAAUGUCUAUGAAUCAGCUUCCCAUCCUGGAAUGUUCAUUGCCCUCAGCAAGAUUGGGAAAACCAAAAGAGGCAACCGUGUGACGCCCACAAUGACUAUGACACACUUUCUCCCCAGAACAUAG